AUGAUGGCAACCGGGAAAAUUGUCCUAUUCUUUUCAAUCGUAAUAUUGAAUGCAGUCUAUGGCGACUAUUACACUCCCAGCGAAGAAGUUGGUCGAAAACUAUCCGAGUAUAAUCCAGCUGUUGAUAAACAGUAUCCAUUUGAAUAUGGAUUGGGUCGGUACUACCAGGGCGACAUAAUGCUUGUUCCUCCAGAGGAUGGGCGUGUCUCUAUCCCCGAUACACUGACUUCGUAUAUAUGGCCUAACGGAACGGUACCGUAUGAAAUUGCGGGGAAUUUUUCUAAGUCUGAGCUCAACACAAUUAAUUCUGCAAUGAAUAUGUUCAGAAGGUAUACUUGUGUCCGUUUUGUAAAACGUACAGCAAACGAUGACCUGUUUGUAUCAAUUGUCAAUAAUAAUACGGGCUGUUACUCAUACAUCGGUAGACAGUCAAACAAUCAGUACAAUCUCAUUAAUCUUCAAACUCCGGAAUGUCUGAUGGCAGUUGGAACGCCAGUACAUGAAAUGAUGCAUGCGUUAGGUUUUUAUCACGAAUUCGUUCGACCAGAUCGGGAUGAUUACAUUAGCAUCAAUCGAAGCGCACUCCAACCAGAACUUCAAGCUGAUGAUGUAUAUGAUAACAACUUCGGUAAACUUCGAUCUGAAGAUGGCCAGACGUAUAAUAUUCCAUACAAUUAUGGCAGUGUUAUGCAUUAUUCUCGCUAUGCAGGUGCUCAGAGUCGCGAUUAUCCCGUUCUCAUAAACAAGAAACCAUGGGUUGGUGAUUUUGGCAAUGAUAAUGGAUUUGCAGCAACUGAUGUAAUGGAAAUUAACUAUCGAUACAGUUGUGCCAAUAACACAAGAGUCCCGAGACCGAUAACUACCUGGUUAGGUUCUGUAUGA